UAUUAUUGUAAUUAUCUACAUGUUUUGUAUAGAAGAUACAAAUGAAUUGUGGUUCUAUUGUUUAUAUAAACUAAAAACUGUUUGCAGAACUAAAAUGAAAUUUCACAGAUUUUAUCAUCCAGUGGCAGAAAUUCCUAACCAAGUAUUUUUGGACGAUGUGAAAGAACUGAUGAAUUCUCAAGGAGACAUAAUUGUGCACUGUUCAGAUGGUGUAUGCCUUCUGUCUGGAAGUUUACUAUCAGCCUCCAGUAAAUAUAUGAAGAACAUCAUCUCAGAGACACAGUUUAAAUCCACAGUGUUGGACUCCAGUAUACAGAUCUCGUUACCUGAUGCAACACAACUAGAGGUUUGUUUACUAAAUGCUCUGCUGUUGUAUGGUGAGGUUGAAGGGAGUAAGGAGAACGCCAAGAGUAUAAAGAUGAUCCUGAAACUCCUUCAGAUUGAUAUAUUCAACUCAGAUGACCUAAUUGUUACAACUCGGAGCUUAAACACGAGUUUAAACACUAGUCAGGUCUACCAGGAUAACAUUCAAAUUAAGGAAGAAAUAAAUCUUGAUGUAACGAAUGAUGAAGUUUGUUGGCCGGGUCCUGGAUCCAGCUCCGGGUCCAGUCCUGGGCCCGGAUCCAACUUAAUUUUUACACCCAGAGAUCUACACCUUGACAGCGGUCUGUCAUCCUACUCUGAUAGUGCAACCUCUGUAAUUCUUCCCUCUACAGAGAGUUCUAUGGCAGAGUUAUUGCUGGAGAAUGCCUCUCCGCCAAGCAGAGGUUCCGAUAAUACACUUUGCAAAACAUAUGCACAACAUUCAAAACACUACUCAUCAGAAAAGAUUUUCAAACCUGUCCAAAGUUUAAUUAGUCCGGAAAAAGAGAUCUAUGGGAAAAAUGAUAAACCUCUUUCUAUAAAAAAGCGGGGCCGACCGUUUAAGAAAAAGCCUAAAUCGGAGGAACUGUUAAAGAAAAAACUGCUUACAAACAUAUCCAAGUGUGUGGUUCAGCUGGAAAGGGUUGGGGUUGAUACCAACGAAAGUCUAAUCAUCCCAACCCCGCCUCCGAAAUCUCCUCCCAAGAAAGAGGUUUGGAAGACUGGUCUUCCGACCUUGAAUCCAAACUACUCGGAUAACUCCGACCUGGAUGAUCCUGUAGAUUGGAACCCGGAAGCUGAUCAAAUUGUUGAAACUAGAUUUAAAAACUUGUAUAGUUUGACGGAUACUCAGUGCACCGUCUGUAGACAUCAGCUUGAAACAAACAAAUGUUUAGAGGAGCAUUUUGAAAACCACUCUAACCCUGAGAAGUUCUAUUGUUCAACCUGCCACAAGUUUUUGAGCUUACUUCUUCUGGAUUUUCACGUGUCACGGAACCACAAGGUUAUUGAACCAAUAUCCGGGGACUUAUCUCACCCUAGCUCCGGGAGAACUGAAGAAGAGAGGGUAGCUGGGGACUGGCGAAAAUCCUUCAACUGUGACGAGUGUAGGGUUGGAUAUCAGACAGUUGGAGAUUUCAUGUUUCAUAUAAAAAAACACAAAUCAAAGAUGGAAAGCUGGGUUUCAAAGAUUUAUUCAUGCAAUCACUGCAGUCAACACUUCGGUUGUCCAGCGAACAAGAAGAUCCAUCAGCUAACUAACUGUGAGAAGAGUAUAACCCCAGAGCAGAAGGAGAAGAUGAAGAAGAACGACGAGUUCAAAUACAACUUGGCAAACUUCUACAUGAACAGGGUUAGGAAACGGAGCUUGUCCUCCUCCGGGUCUGGAGCAACUUAUGACAACAAGAAACUGAAAACUAAACUAAAUAUUGGAGUAAAAAAGUUGAGUUCCUUGCAAACAUCACCGAUACAAAUCAGCAAUGUUUACAGCACAAGUUCAAGGACAAAUCCUGACUCUAAACCUGAACCUGACAACUGGGCGGAAAAACAACUAAUUUGCAUUUCAAAAGAAGUGACUAUUUCAAGAAUUUCUUCAAAAAAAUCCUCUCCCGAUGAAAAUCUUUCGUUAGUAAGCCCUACAUCAUCUAAAACCUCUGUAUCAGAAAGUUGUAAAACCUUUCUAUCAGAAAGUUCUAAAAUUAAGUACAAUCUACCAGAUAAUCACAAACUGAUGCUACCAGUUGUCCAGCUGGAGAAACUAACUCAGAAGCAAAUAGACCAAAUUCAAGGCGCUGUCAAGCAAAGGUAUAAAUGUGGAUUUUGUGAUAAAAGAUUCACAUAUAAGAAAUCCUAUGUCGUACACUGUAGUAAGUGUUCAUCCCAUACAGACUAUAGAUUUUCCUGUGAUCUGUGUGGUGCCACUUUUAAGAGCUCUGAAUGUAUAAAGGAUCACUCUAAAACUCAUCCUAAGCAGAGUAUGUUCAAGUGUGAGGAGUGCGAAGUACGAAGAGAAACUAUCGAUGACAUUAGAUCACAUCUACUAGAGCAUUCAACCGGAGCAAUACAUCAAGCUAAAUUUAUAGAAGAGAAACCAAUACCACCAUUGGCUGAUACAAAUGAGACAAAUUUGAAGUCAAAGAGUCCCAUCAACAAAAAGACAAGAAAAACAAGAAUUAUUUGGAGUAAUGGAGUAGUCAUAUACCCUCGACAAAGAAGAUGGUGUGAACAAUGCCGGAAACUGUUCAGUUUCACUUCUACCAAUAAGUUGAGACACCACCAAGAGUAUGCAUGUGAAGCUCUCCCUUUCAAGUGCAAGACCUGUAAGAGGAGAAAGAAGACUGUCAUAGAUUUAGAAGAGCAUGUUUGCAACCCCAGUCACACUAAGAUAAAGAUUAUGGAGAAGAAAAUGGUUUCAAACAAAACGAAAAAGAAAAAAUUGGCCAAACAAAAUACUACUACUAGCGUUUCUUCUGAUCAACGCAACGAAGGUUCUGAACAAGGUGUUGCAGAAUCAGGGCUAGAAGGUUCUGAAGACAAAGAAAUACCACACAAGGACAAGGAACCACCGCUUGUAGCUAUUAAACCGCCAGUUGACGAAAUUACAUCUUUUAUUGUUGACGAAAAUUUAGAUGAGAAUAAUGAAUCGCUUUCGGAGGACCAUUUACUAUCGGCUAAAGAUAGAGUGCCCACAAGUUGUUCUGCUAAUGGAAAUGUUCUCAAAGCAAAUGAUGAUCUAAAAAUGGAUGCAGAUUUGAAUCGCACUUCAUCUUCAACCGCUAAACUGAAUGGGAUCACGAAAUCAAAUUAUGUUUAUAAGGGCGUCAGGAAGAACCAAGUACGAAAGUUUCAUUGUCAAGCAUGCCGGCUGAAAUUUACACACAAGUCGAAUUAUCUUUAUCAUUUGUCAACUCAUAACAUGAAGUCUUACUGCAGUAUUUGUACAAAACGUUUUAGCUACAACACUCUACUAGUCAGUCAUUUAAGCACACAUUCUUAAUUUCAUUCAAGCAUCCAACCUCAACUUACUGAUUUUUGGUUUGAACUGUAAUGGUUAUUUGAGCAAAGAUGGAGGUCCUAAGUUUCAUAGACAUUCCUUUCUGAAGUGUCCUAUGAUAAUUUCUUAAAGUACAGUUUUUUUACCAUUCUUAGAAGAAAUACUACACUGUUAGGUCUGAAAUUAUCAAAGCGUGUUCCGUCUUUUUUGUGCUUUCAAACAAAAGUUAGUUCAGAUUUCAUUCUGUAAAUUAUUAUUGUCUAAAAUUCAGGAGCACAUACAAAACAUCAUCACUAAACAUAUCACAACGAAACAUAUCAAAACGAAACAUAUUAAAUGAAAACAUAUCUCCUAGAAAACAUAUCAAAUAAUAAAUUUCUCAGAUAAUGACAGAAAAAAUACCAUAAAAAUCAAAAUACAAAACAAAUCCAAUUCUAGAAAAAUCUAAACGCAAAAUAGGUUUGUUCCCAUUUGAGAGAGAACAAAAGUUGCUUCCGUGCUUUCACUUUUACAUUCUGGAUGGAACUAAUUUGUGAUUUUUUUUUAUAAUUCCCGGAUUUUGUUAUUCACAGUUCACACAUUGUAUAAGAAGAGUUACGUUAGUUUUAAAAUUUGUUCAACUCGAAUACAACUUAAGUGUUUUUUUAAUGUUUUGGUUUGAUAUGUUUAGUAGUCGGAUAUGUUCUGUUUUGAUAUGCAUUGAUUUGAUAGGUUUUGUUUUGAUAUGUUUCGUGAUGAUAUGUUUUGUAUGUGCUCUGAAAUUCAGCAUCUCCGUCGAUUUUUUAGUUAAAAAGAAUGCAGACCACAUUUUCGAAAGCUUCUUGGUAUCUGAUUUUUUUAAAGCUACAACUACAAUCUUUAUUUGUACCUCAAUUAUCAUGUUCAGUCGGACACAUUGUAUUUUUG